AAACCCCGCCUCUCCUUCGCUGUAUCUCUGAUCCCACACAGUGAAGACACGGACGGGCGCGUGAGAUCGUGCAGCGCGUGCCGGACCGUUAUUGUCGUUAUUAUUGCCAUUAUCAUUGGCGAUGGCCACGGCUCUGUCGCGCGCGCUCAAACUGCCAGGGAAGAAAGGCUCGGAGCUGGGCGAGUAUGACCCCCUGACGCAGAUGGACAGUGAGGAUGACAGCGAGGAGGACGACCUCGUGCUGAAUUACCCGCGGAACGGCCUCGCCUCACACUCGCACUCACACGCCGCCACGCUCAGGCUGGGACAGGAAGAGGCGGAGCUACAGGAGGAGGACGAGGACGAGGAGGACGCAUGGAGACGCGGCGGCGGGAAGGACAGGAGAGGCGAAACGGGAGGGGCGGCCGACGAGGGGGUGGGGUUGGUCAGCGAGGGGGCGGGGCAGAAGGCGAAGGUCAGGGCGGCGGUGCGCACGGCGGCGUUUGUGGUGCCGCUGAUCUGCGCCGCGAUGUUCGUCCUGCUGUUCGCCUUCCUGUUGCCAUGCCAACAAAGACGGAAGGAGUGGGAGACGGAAGUGGGACACAUAGGCGGUGUGAUAUCACCUCCCAUGGCAUUAUGGGAUGUAGACGGGGACGGAGUGGAGGACUUACUAAUCGCAGCCAUGAGGAUCAACAACAGCAGCCAGCAGAUCAGUUUCCUAGGAAACAGCAAGGAGUACAGUGUAGUAGCUCUGCAUGGAGUGAACGGCUCAGUGAUCUGGAAUCGCUCUCUGAAGGAGCCGCUCUCCUCUGUGCAGUGUUCAGCUCCCAACACCUGCCUGCUCAUCACAUUAACACACCUGAGCAGUGUAAACGCAUCUACAGGUAAGAAGUUGUGGGAGGUGCCAGCAGGAGAGGUGGUGUCACAGGCUGUGGCUGUUCCUGACUUGCAGGGAGAUUCUGUUCCAGACCUGCUGAUUGCUACUCUAUCUCCAGAUCAGGAAUCAGCUCUCUCUCUAGCCCUGCACUCAGGGCUGACGGGCUCUCUGAUUGGCCAGCUGGUGAACUUAAACCUCACAUCACAGGGAAAGCUGAUUGGUCCCAUGCUGCAUGAGACAGCAGUAGGAGCAUACUACAUCCUGUUCGGUUUGGGUUCGGUGGAUGCGAUGUCUCUGAGAGACGUUUAUAAACAGGCGACCGGCCGGACGACUGUUCCCUCGAGUCUCAGUGUGAAGGACCCCGUGUGGGAGAAACAGAGGAAGAAUAACUCACUCAUCCACAUCUACAGUAGUGUUGAUCAUGUUGAGUAUUUUCUCCCCCUGGUGGCCGGAGUGUGUAAUAACCACAAUAACCUGGACACUGAGUCGAGCCGUAACUCCAGCCGGAGCGACUGGGUGUCGGUGUGUGUGAACAGUCAGAUCUCCGUCAUCCGAGAGAGAGACAUACACAUCACCUGGACCAUUAACUCCUCCUCCAUGCACAGUCGUCCUGCUAUUGGCCAUUUUAACGAUGAUGGAGUUCCUGAUCUGCUCAUCCAGCAAUCUGCUAAUGGCGUCCGAAAGGUCCAGAUCAUUGAUGGAGCUCAGGGGCAGAACCUGUGGGAGGCGGAGUUUGUUUGUCCCCACCUUGUUCUGGAAGGUUCCACCAUUCUGACCACGUCCGGCCAAUCAGUGUUCCUGUUUUGGGCUGGAGAUCCACUUCCUGCGUCGAAGAACGUUACCAAGGUGAGCCCACCUGAGCCAGUCCUCCGCAGGCUAUUCCUCCUCCACCCAGCGUAUCCCACAAUCCUCCAGGAGCUCACCAGCACCACUGACACGGCACUCACGGCUACAGUGAGUUACGAUGACGAGCAGAAGGACGUGUCCUACGUGGUGGUCGUGUCCCGGCCGGUCUCGGGUCCCGGCCCCGGCGCUCAGCUGGUGAAGAGCGUGAGCGUGAGAGCGUCUCUGAGCAGCGCCACCACCGUACACCUGAGUGACGACACACACACUCGCACACACACCGCCUUCCAGAUCAACAAGUUCUUCAGGAGCCUGUCCUUCAGACGCCAGUGAGAAGCUGCAGGACACGGAGCAGGUUCAGGAUGUUCACACCGAUACAUAUUUAUUCACAUUAAUUUAUUUAUUUAGAUGAUGAUGAUGGUGAAGAUGGUGAUGAUGAUGAUGAUGAUGAUGGUGAGGUUUAACCUCCACUGAGAGAAGAUAUAAUCAUUGAGGAGGGUUAACAUUUCAUAUUAAUAAUAUGAUGAUAAAUCAAAAAUGAAUUUCAAGUCAGUUUACUCACAGGGAGCUACGUUGCUAAUGGUAGUGCUAACACUAGCGUAGCGUUUGUGACGAUGUCUAAUGUUAAAAGCGCAAUAUUAAUAAAAUUUUACUGAAAUGAACUAGGAAAGCUUGCUUUGAGCAGCUGUAUGUUCAGAAUAAAUGAAAGAACCCCAGAGUCACCUCACAGGAGCAUGCUGAAAUGAUGCUUUGUUAGCAUUAGCGAUAGCGUUAGUGUUAGCGGCAUAUAACUAGCAAACAACUGUAAAGCUUGCUAAUGUAAUGUAAUGCUAAUGUAACACUACGCUCCUAUUCAGUGUACUGUGUGUUUCUUCUUUGGACCACUGGUUUUCACAAAUUUUCUUUGUUUACUUUUUGUUCAAUUUUAUGUAAAAUGACUGUCCUGUAAAUAACCUGAGUUCUUUGAGUUGUCGUCAUGGUGACAGGACCCCGCCCACUGAUCAUGACAUCACUGGGUUCCUGGUCGCCAGGGCAGAAGCGCACAGUGUGUGAGCGUGGAUUGGGUGUAUUGUGUUUAAGAUAUUUUUAAAGAAAUAAUGUGUGUAUAUAUAGGUGAGGUGUGUGUGUGUGUGAGAGAGAGAGAGUGUGUGUGUGUGUGUGUGUGUGUGAGAGAGAGAGAGAGAGAGAGAGAGAGAGUGUGUGUGUGAGAAAGAGAGAGGUCUGAUCAUGACGUAAAUAUAACAUUCAGACUGCUUUCGGCAAAUAAGCACAACAAACAACUUGUUUGUUUAACAGAACAAACAGAAAUGUAGUGAAAAGUUCCCCCUAUCACACACACACACACACACACACACACAUACACACACACAACACACACAUACACAAGGUUACACAUGCUUUUAUUCACAAUGUUUCUGCAGUGUGAUAAGAGUAACUGCUGUACAAUAAAGACUAAACAUUGAUCAA